AUGGAGGUGUUGCAGGGUAUCAAUCUUAGCGUCCAGCUCCUGCACCCGAGCCUCAAGAAUCACGAUGCAAGCUGCACCAUCCCGAAUCGUGAUUGCCAUGGAAUGGAGAUCCGGCAUGGGAACAUCGAGUGCUCUGGUCAUCAAGGGUUUGGUGGUCAACGUCAACAUGGUGGCCUACGUGACGACAGUCAUACUUUACCCUAUGGUUCAGAUACUUGCAAGCGGACAUGGGACAACUACGAAACUGCACGCAAGGCUAGUGACUUGGAGAAUGAGACGGUAGUGGAAAGGUACCAUGCCAGGUUGCAAGAUAAUCAUCACUGUAUCCCAUCUGGAUGUCCUCAAUCACACCCACCUCCACCAAUUGCCAGCACCUUCCGUUCUCAGUUGCCAGCGCAUUCCUCACAUGCACCUGUCUCUCGCCGUUCUGGUUCCUCUCUGCGCCAUCAUCAUCUAUGUGCCCGAUCUCCUCGUUUCCGCCCUGCAUCUCCCAAUCGCCGUCCAAUCAUCGACGUAGAUGAGGUGGACGAAGAUGAGUAUAACUGA